CGGGCACAAAGAGAAGCACGUAAACACAUCAUGAACUUUUGAGAGCAGGGUCGGUCUCUCUGAAGUAAAGAUUUACCCGCUGAAAUUGAAUUCGCAUCCCGUGGUGAUUCAUGAGUGACAUUGAGGAUACAGACUCCUUUUUGGAGUCUUGGAUAUCACCUGGGAAAAGAAAAAGAAGAAAAGGAUCCAAAAAGGGUAAAAAAUGCCAAGAAACCAAGAACAAAUUAACCGCAAGUACAGACGAACAUGCCAAGAAAAAAAAGAGAAAGAAAUGCUCCAAAUUUAAAGAGGCCAUGAAGGGAAGGAAAGAAAAGAAAAAAGAGAAGAAGAAAAAGAAAAGGAGAUUAGCUUUUGAACCAAAUGACAGUGCUGUUCUAACACAGGGCAGAGAUGCACAAGCACAGUCUACCUCGAAGCCUGAAACAUUGAAUCUACAGAGCAGCAAUAAGCUUAAUUCCAACCGACUAACUCAAAACUCCAAGAAGAAAACUAAAAGAAAAAAGAAAGUGUUGUUUGACUCGUCACCAGCCUAUAUCCGAGUCAAACGUCCGAAAUUCGUCUCUUCAUCUCAGCAGUCUCCCACAGAGAGCCUAAUCUCAGAGAAGGAAACUCUGAGGGACAUUGAGAGCUGUUCACAAGUUACAGUGAUGGGGCACAGCCAGAAUCACAAUAAUGACUCCCAGUGCACAAGUGACGAUAUUAACAGCCAGGACAUUUUUAUUACCCAGAAGACAUUUAGAGCACCACCCUCCCAACCUUCCAGUGAUGAAACCUUUGAAAAUGACAAAACAUUUCCAGCUGUGACGCAGAUUGAGCAGCAUCAUGAAGAACCAUUUAAAUGUCCAGAUGAUCCACAGUUCCAUCACCACCACAGAGAGGCGCCUAGGCAUACGCAGAGCACAGAGACAAUACAGGUGCCUCGGAAAGAAGAGGAAGAGGAUGCUUUAUUUAGCAGAGCAAAACCGUCUCCUCAGUCAUGGAUGCAGUUAAACACAAACCAUGCUACGAAGAAGGAAGGAUCAUGUUCUAUCUCUGCAAAGCACAGAGGGUUGAAUCCUUACCUGGAUGAGCCAGUUGUUGUAUCUCUCUCCCCAGAAGUCAAAAAAAUUGACCAACUUUCUUCUUCUUCAGACCAUCAAUCACCUCGUUCUCUGCAGGUAUCACAGUUUCCCAGAAAGCUUAUGACAAACGCUUCCACACAGACAGAAAACUUUUUCACCACUGAGGUCUCUUCCUACCUAAACUUUUGCAAGAAAAUGAAGGAAAUGGUGCACUUUGAGAGCUUAGAACCUUUGGACCUAAGCUUUGCGAAAAUGACAAGAAAAGAUCUGACAUAUUCAUCAGUGGCGAGUGACCUACAUCUGUCUUGCUCUUCAGACAUGAAAGGUAUAGAAGUACAGGAAAAGCCAUCUCGUCAGCAUCCCUAUUCUGAAAGCACUGAAGCUAAAGGUGAAACAGCUUUAAGCCCCACGUCACAGUCUGACAAUAAAUCAGUAGACACGUCAACCUCCAGUGAGGACAACGAGCAGCCCUAUCGCAAUGGCAAACUGGACCUGGUGCAGGUCAGAAUGGUCCAGACGAAACUCAAUGAGUCCUUCUUUUUCAAGACAAAAGGAGAUGGAAAGUCACCCAGACCGGAGUCUCCACUGAUGAAACUCGCUCAGAGCAGCCGUGAGAUGAAAAGCAAAAAAGGUCACUGAGGUUUCAAGGAGUCUGUAGUUGU